AUGCCCGCCUUGAGCCAAGCCUCUCAAGGUUGUGGAGACGCAAAGGUUGCUGAUUUGACCUGGGUAUUUCCACGCCGUUUUUACCACGAGAUAACACUAAGAGGAUCACAUAACCAAUUCACUUCUACUGAAAGCUAUCAAAAGCUUCAAAGUGUUUUACGUGAUGACGGGUGCCUUGACGUACCUAGGACUCUUGAACGUUUAGCAGAAAUAUCUAAACGAUUUGCCCUAGAAGGAGCUGAUGUUAUUGCCCCUUCUGAUAUGAUGGAUGGUCGUGUGAAAAAAAUCAAGACGGCUAUACAAAGUAUUGGUCUCAGUGGAAAGGUAGCCGUUAUGUCUUAUUCGGCCAAAUUUGCAUCUUGUUUGUACGGUCCUUUCAGAGAUGCUGCUCAAUCUGCACCUUCUUUUGGAGACCGUCGGCAUUACCAGCUUCCUCCUGGUGCCAAGGGAUUGGCUCUGCGUGCUGCUAUUCGCGAUGCAAACGAAGGAGCUGACUUCAUAAUGGUAAAACCUGGUCUUCCUUAUCUGGAUAUUGUAAAUGAGAUACGACAGUUGCUACCUCAUCAUCCUCUAGCAGUUUAUCAUGUUUCUGGUGAAUAUGCAAUGCUAAAACAUGCCGCAAAUGCUGGAGCUAUCGAUUUAAAGCAAGCCGCCUUAGAAUUGAUGACUGCAUUCCGUCGUGCGGGUGCAUCAAUUAUCAUAACAUAUUUAACACCGUACCUGCUGGAACUUGAUUUGUCUGAAUCAUGUAAAUAA